UCUUUAGAGGUUGGGACACACUCUUCUUGGUAUCUGUGUCACUUAUUACAGAAUGGAAUUGGAGUAAACUGAGGGCUUUUUCACACAUGCUGGAGAAAUGACUUUGGCCCUAGAAGUGGGGGUUGCAGGGGAUUGGCCUGAGAAACUUGCCUUUUCACUGGAUUGUCCUCUAGAGAUUUUCCUUGCAGAUUUGUCAGAAUGAGCCUCCAGUCCCCAUCCAGACUCCUGGAGCUGGCAGGGCAGAGCCUGCUGAGGAACCGGUUCUUGACCAUCUUCACCCUGGAUGAGCUGCCCAGGGAGGUCUUCCCCCUGAUGUUCAUGGAGGCCUUCAGCAUGAGACAUUAUGAGACCCUGAAGCUGAUGGUGCAGGCCUGGCCCUUCCUCCGCCUCCCUCUGGGAUCCCUGAUGAAGACACCUCAUCUGGAGACCUUGCGAGCUGUGCUGAAGGGACUUGAUACACUGCUGGCCCAGAAGGUUCGGCCCAGGAGAUGGAAACUUCAAGUGCUGGAUUUGCGGGAUGUUGAUGAGAAUUUCUGGACCGUAUGGUCUGGAGCCCGGGCCCUGUUCUGCUCCCCAGAGGCCAUGAGUAAGAGGCAGACAGUGGAGGACUGUCCAAGGAUGGGAGAGUGCCAGCCCUUGAAGGUGUUCAUAGACCUCUGCCUAAAGGACAGUGCGCUGGAUGAAUGCCUGAGCUACCUCUGUGGGUGGGUCCGCUACAGAAGAGGUCUCGUGCACCUGUGUUGUAGUAAGGUGCAGAAUUAUUCAAUGCCCACUUCAAGUUUCAGAAAUCUAUUGGAAAGGAUAUACCCAGACAGUAUCCAGGAGUUGGAAUUCAGAAGAAAAUGCUCUCUGAAUCAAACAGGAAAGUUUGCCCCUUACCUGAGCCGGAUGAACAAUCUUCGAAAACUCUUUUUAGCCUUCGGUUAUGACGAUGAGUUAUACGUGAGCGGCCUCCAGCAGUUCAUUCCUGACUUGGACUCUACAUUCCUCUGCCUGUCCUACCCCCAGAUGCUUUAUAUAAGAAAGAUCAGCAAUAUCAAAGAGCACCUGGAGCACCUGCUCAGGUAA